AUGGCCGACUCGCUCGCCUCGUCCGUAGCCUCGCUCCGGUCAUCAAUACACCUUCUCGACAGCUCCAUUGACAUUCUCGACUCUGGCGUCAACGACUUCCCACGUCUCACCAAAGUUCUCCAAACAACCAGGCACUUUGAACUCCUUCCCGAGCCAACUCUCCAAGAAGCCCAACAAGCCCUGCUGGACGAAAUCUCCCCUAGUAUCGCGCACCUCCUCUCAGUUGCAUCGAACCACGUCGAACGACUCGCGCGCCGCGAGGACUCGCUCAAGGCCAAGUGCGAGCUUCAGGAAGGGCGCAUGUCAGACAAGCAAAGAAGUUCGGCCGCCAAUCGCGCUGGUUCAGCUUCUGCGGUUCGACCAGACCCUAGUGCAUCAUCAUCAACAUCGGAUGCUAGCGCCAAGGCUAUUCAGUUGCGAAGACUGGUGCAAAAGAAGGAGAGGCUGAAGUAUGCUGUCGACAGGCUGGAGUUGCAGAACCGGCAAAAGGAGAGGGAGUUGAGGAAGAGUAUGGCUGUUCAGUGA